ACUUCAUCGUGCCCGCAGCUUCCGUGCAAGUGUCUUUGCAGCAUGUAAGCAUAAGUUAUGUCGUCGCUCUAUGUUGUGAUAUUCAACACAGGCUGCUUGAGCUACAGUUAAUGCCAAUCUCAAUCAGCCAUGCCAAACUUCAACCUCCACAUUAUCAAAGGCUCUCGCACGCCCGAAGAAGUCAAGAAGCUUGCAGAUGUCGUCCAGCAAUGCUCGCUCGACCAUUUCAAUGCGCCGCCAAGAGAUCGGUACCAGGUAAUAACCCAGCAUGAGCCGUACGAACUGAUUUUCGAGGACACAAACCUCGGCAUUAAGCGUACAGACAAGCUUCUGUUCAUACAGAUCUUCCAGCAGGGCCGUACCGCAGAAGUGAAGCAGAAUUUCUAUGCUAAGCUUGCAGAGUCGCUGAAGCAGGAGUGCGGCCUGGAAGGCAACGACCUUGUCAUUACUUGCUUGCGCAAUGAGAAAGAAGACUGGAGCUUCGGGUACGGCAGGGCGCAGUUCUUGACGGGUGAGCUGUAAGUAUCGUGGAUCAAGGACUAAUGCG